AUGGGAAAUACUUCCGCACAGAGGAGUCGACUGUUCAUAGCAGGCGGCCCGGGAGGUGGCUCCAUAGCACCCCCUGCCCACGACUUCAUUGCUGAUUGUCUCAAACGCCGUUGGAAGAUGACGUUUCUCGAGGCCUCGGCUCUUCAGGAAGUCUUGGACGCAUUUUACGCCUCGGAUUUCGCUGGAGGUAUUGUUACAAUGCCCUAUAAGAAGACAAUCAUUCCGUGCCUGGAUCAUGUUGAUGAUCUUGUUGGUCAGCUCAAUGCUUGCAACCAUGUUUCUGUUGCCGAUGAUGGUACUUUGAGAGGCACCAACACGGACUGGGUUGGGAUCAAAAAGGCUCUUUUGGGGAGCGAACCGGCCACACGUGCCGUACAAGGGCUCAAAGGCGCGGUGAUUGGAGCAGGUGGCGCAAGCCGAGCGGCAGUCUACGCACUUAUGGAUCUGGGCUGCGAGGACGUCUACGUGAUCAAUCGUGACGCUGGCGAGAUUGAAGAGCUCAUCGAAGAUGUGAACCAUUACAAAACGCCGACCCGGCCACAUAUUGUCCACGUCCGAACCGCGGAGCAAGCCUCGACCUUGCCGUGCCCUCAAUGGAUCGUGAGCACUGUUCCUGACUUUGAACCCAGAACCUCAGGAGAAAUCCAAGCUAGGGCCGUGUAUGUCCAAUUUCUUACAAAGGAGAGACCGCCUCACGCGUGUAUGCUGGACAUGUGCUACCACCCCUUACCGACACGCAAUCUCCGCCUUGCAGAGGAGCAUGGGUGGCCGAUUGUUGAUGGUGUUCAGGUUGUGGGACAUCAACUGAAAGAACAAUGGCGGCCCUGGACAGGCGAGGAGAUCAAUAAACAACAGGAAGAGAUUGCAUGGAGAAUCCUGCGCGAGAGUGCAAAUUCGGACCCGACAGUUACUCCUACAAGUGUAUGA